AUGAUUGAUCCACAUUCAGGAUUGGCUUACAAUGAUGUAUGUUUAGGGAGAACAAGGAGAGAUUGUAUUGAGAUGAGAUGGACCAGACUGUCAUUUGAUCCAAACAUUACACUCGUUAAAAUUUUAACUGAUGGUGUUCCAAUCUGGAUGAAAAUCCGUGCAGUUAAUAAUGUUGAUUUGCGUACUAUUGGUGUUUCUGAUUAUGCCAUCAUUGUUGACAAGACACCACCAUUCUCUGGAGUUGUAAUGGAUGGGCCUAUCUAUGGCGAAGAUUUGCUGUAUACCAAAUAUCCUGAUAAAAUAUGUGCUAACUGGUUACAUUUCUAUGAUCCUGAGUCUGGUAUUGGAUUGUAUUUGGUUAGUGUUAGUUCUGUCAAACAGAUAAAUGUAACAGACAUUGCUAACUUGACAGAAUACAGCAGGACAACACACGAAGCUUGUGUAGAACUCACUCCUGAAAAUUAUCUGGAACAUGGACAUACCUACUUCACAACUCUGUGGGCAUUCAAUGGAGCUGUCAAUCAGAAAAAUGUGUCCGCUAUUUCAACUGGAGUUACUGUGGACUUAACUGAGCCAGUUUCUGGUCAUGUUGUGGAUGGAAACAAGACAGGGUUUACAGAUAUCCAGUUCUCUGGUAAUGCAGCUAAAGUAGAGGUUCAAUGGAGAGAUUACCAUGAUCCUGAAUCAACCAUCAGACAGUAUGAUGUGCAAGUUCAAGUAGCUCCGAAUUUGACAGAAAACUUCAAAACUAGAAGAGAUUUUGUCACAUUUUCUAAUAUGACGGAGAGUAUGAAAUGGCUGAAUUUCCAUUUUCAACAUAAGGACAGAGUGAAACUUUAUUUACGUACUACAAAUGGCGCUAUUAACUCAAUCAUCAAUGAGACAGAUGGUUAUAUUGUAGAUCUGACACCUCCAAAACUGGUAUAUCUAGGAGAUGGGUUAGCUCAACAUGAGGAUCUAGAAUUUCAGUCCAAUACCACCAUGUUAUCAUCAAAUUUCAAGUUUAUUGAUGAAGAAUCUGGAUUAGAUCAUUUUAAAAUACAGAUUUAUCAACGUCAUCAAAGUAUUAGAUCACAAAUUGUUCCAGCAAGGCGAAAUGAUUGGAUACAGCUUGAUGGUGAGACUGUAAAUGAAUUCAUUGACUCCAGUCUAGAUUUACUACAAGGUGCUGUAUACAGUAUCAGGAUAGGAGCUGUAAAUAAAGCAGGAUUUGUGGCAGCUUUUGAAACAAAUGGUGUAAUAGUAGACAGAACUCCUCCAGCAAUAAAUUGGCUUCAUGUCAACACUUUGUCAGAUGAUGAAGAACAGGCAGUUUAUGGUUAUGUUUGGCAAGCAGAUACAGAAGGUAUUAAGGCAGCAUGGCGAGCAUCAGAUCAUCAGUCAGGGGUGAUUAAUUACAAAAUAGCUGUUGGAUCCUCACCAGAUGGAACUGAUAUAAGGUCAUGGACAGAUGUAGGACUUAAAACAGAUGAAUAUAUUAAUGAAUUGUCUCUAGAAGUUAGUAACAUAGACACCAAGACUCCAGUGUACUAUGUUAGUUUGAUAGCAGUAAAUGGAGCAGGACUGGAAAGUUCUCCUGUGGUGUCAACACCAAUAGUUGUGGUGGAAGCUGACAAAGCAGGCAUAGUUAUUGAUGGUACAGACGGCACAGACCAUGAUCCUGUAUCUGACAUGGGUAUUGAUGUAGAUUACCAAUCUGACAUUUCUACACUCAGUGUUCAGUACACUGAAUUUGAGAGCCAUCUCCACGGUGUCAUGGACUAUGAAUGGGCUGUAGGGACAACCCCAGGUGGACAAGAUGUUACCACAUUUUCAUCUGAUGGAAUUUUACAUGUAGAAGAGCAAACUAUUGCUGGAGAUGGCAUAACAAGCUCUGGAUAUGCACAAGUAAAUGCUCAGCUAGAACCUGGAAAGACUUAUUAUUCUACCAUCAGAGGUAUCACGAAUGCUGGAAAUAUAAUUGAGUCUGUAUCAGAUGGAAUUACUGUAGACUUAUUGCCUCCAACAGUAGUGUUAGACAGGCUGUCGGAUAAAAGUGCAGUUGAUGGUGACAUAGGACCGAGUUCUUCAAUGUAUAAAAGUACAGCUGAUUCCCUGUCUGCCAUAUGGCACUACAAUGACACAGACAGUCAAGUAACAAGAGCCUGGUAUUCUGUUGGUACAUAUCCAUACGCUGAGGACAUAUCACCUAGAACUAAAGUGAAUAUAUCCUCUACACAAAGUAGUCACCUGGAGGUUGGCAGUAUCACACCUGAUGUUACAGGCAAACCUAAUAUAAUCAGUAUCUGGGCAGAAGACAAAGCGGGUAUGAUUGGACUUACUACAUUUGGUUCAGUUAUCAUUGAUACCAGUCAACCAGGAACUGGAUAUGUAUCUUGUCCAGAAUAUAUUGGGGUAGAGAGCCCAAUAUUAUGUUCCUGGUCAGGAUUUCUAGAUGAAGAGAGUCCAAUACAGAAAUUUAUCAUCACGCUUGGAUUGGAACAAGGAUCUUCAGAUAUUUUUGAAACAACUGUCACUGGAUUUUUGUCUUUUUAUAGCAUAAAAGGAGUUAACCAUCUUCUCAGUCAUGGCAAGUCAUACUAUGCCACAGUCACAGCAGUGAAUUCAGUUGACAUGGAAACAUAUGCUUUCUCUGGACCCAUUUCUAUAGAUACAACACCACCCAAGCAUGGGAAAGUGGUUGACCUGCAUACAGUCUACAGAAUCAAUGUCAAGGACAACAGUCAAACUGUGGCAAUGAAUGCUAAAAUCUGUAGUACAGAUGAAGAAUGUGAUGUAUUAGAUGCUGUAUGUUCCGAAUCUCUUACUUCUGUAUCAGCCACAUGGCAGGUCUUUACUGAUGAGGAAUCGGGAAUCGUUGGGUACCAGAUAGCAGUAGGUACUACACCAGGUGGAGGUCAGAUCAAAGCUUUCUUUGAUGUUCCACAAGAUGCUAGAUAUUACACAGUGUCUGGUCUAAAUCUAAUGGGAUAUAGAAAGGUCUAUGUUUCUAUCAGAGGAACAAAUGGAGCCGGUGUAUCUAGUGUAGCCAUGUCCAAUGGGGUUUACAUCUCUUAUUUAAGUCAAGAUCUACAACCACUGUCACAUGUUGGGAUAAGUGAUGUACUGGAAAACUCAGAUGUUGAUGUAGAUUUCCAAGAGAGUUAUGACACAAUCAGAGCAUCAUGGGAUUUGUCAGGUGACCCUUGUCCAUCAGUUAGAAAUGAAUGGCAGAUACAAAAGUUGGAUGGAAAUGUCAUUUCAAAAUGGCUAGAUUUGGGUGUUUCAGAAAAUGCAAUGCUUGAUGGUCUUCAACUUAAGGACAGAGAAUUAUAUUAUUCUUUGUUAAGAGUGACAAAUGCUCUGAAUUAUACUUAUAUAAUAAGAUCCAAUGGAGUUACAGUAGAAGAAGACCCUCUGCUUCCAGGCAAAGUUUUUGACGGUUACAUUACUGGAUUUGAUCUGAACAUUCUACCCUCGAGACGUAAAAUAUCAGCUAAUUGGGAAGGUUUUGGUUUACCAGCUUCUGCGUCCUUUCAAGCUGAUGUUGAAGGAAACCCAGGUUAUCAAGUUGACGAGUCAAAAACAGCAGAACGACCUGGCACCCAGCAAGUGUUGUUUUAUGAAGUAGCUGUGGGAACAGAUAGAAGAUUUCACAAAACAAGAGACAAUAUUGUACCAUUUACCAAAGUUGGUUUGAACGAUUCUGUCACAUUUUAUGAUCUCGAUUUAGAAUCAGGGGCAGCAAUAUAUUACUUCACUGUAAGAGCCUACAGUGCAUCAUUCUCUGUUGCCACGGUUACAUCUAAUGGAUUCCAUGUUGGAUAUGACGGCGGUGUUGAAGGUGGAUCCAUCAUCAUGGGAGACUAUAUCAAUACUGAUACCUAUGUAGAUAUACAGUUUGAAGGGUUUACAUCACAGUUAGAAAUCAUGAUGUAUUAUGUAGCACUGUCCAAUCAUUCUGGAUCAGUAGGAACGGACUGUAAACUUUAUAUUGAUGGACGUAAAAGUGAACAGGUUGAUGAUUACUCAUUUAAUGUAGCACCACUGAUCAACAUCAACAAGAAUACAUUUUACACAUUAACAUCCUUAGAGCUACAACCAGGAGGAACUUAUUAUGUAUGGGUAAUAGCUACAGAUGAAUCAGGAGACUGUGGAAUGAUUCACCACAAAUUCACAGUGGAUACAACACCUCCAUUGUACGGAGCUAUGACUGCUGGACUAUUUUAUAACAUGCUACAGAUGAAUCAGGAGACUGUUGAAUGA